GGUUUGGCCUGGCAUCAGUUGAGUUUCAUUAUUCAUCAAUGGCAGGUUACCAGAUAACAAGAAGCACAGGAGAAGCUCAAGGUGGAGGAGAAGAGAAGACGUUUGAUUCCAUAUACAAGAUGCUAGUUAUAGGAGACUCCAGUGUAGGGAAAACUACACUAUUGACCCGCUUUGUAGAAGAUAAAUAUCAUUCGAACUUUAUGUCUACUGUUGGUAUAGACUAUAAAACCAAGAUAGUUAAAAUGGGAUCAGAAAGAGUCAAGUUACAAAUAUGGGACACAGCAGGUCAAGAGAGAUUCCGUACGUUAACCAAUGCCUAUUUCAGAGGAGCAGCUGGUGCUUUAUUGUUGUAUGAUAUAACCAACAGAAGUUCGUUUGUUAACUGUUCGACAUGGAUGGAGAGUGUAACACAACAUGCUUCGCCCAACAUAUGUGUAGUGAUAGUUGGUCAUAAAUGUGACGCAGAGGACGAAAGAGUUGUCACUACUGCAGAAGGACUUCGUUUGGCAGAGCACUAUGAAGCCGAUUUUUUCGAAGCUAGUGCGAAGAUUGGUCAAAAUGUUUCUGAUGUUUUUAUGAAGUUGGCCGAGCGAAUUAAGAAAACGCAGAGUUCCUCAGCUAAUCAAAAAAGCAAUAAAAACUCAUCUGCGACAGAUAGUAAUCUUAAAUUAGAUCCAUCAAGAAACAGACAGCAAGAUUCAAAUUGUAAUUGUUGAGAUUAAUAUAAAAAUCACUAUUAUUAUUAUUAUUAUUAUUUAAUAUUAUUAUUAUUGUCAUUA